AUGGAUCGCAAGAAGGAAGAAGGGGAUGACAAAGUUGCGGAAAUGACGCGAAUAGACAAAUGCAACUUGGGGCCGGCCGUCUCCCGUGACUGGAGCGCGGGAUUGGGUCACAGAAAUCGGGCAUUGCGACCAAAUGUACCAAUAAUCCACUCGAGAUGUGCACUGUUUGCUCAGCGGGACUCGAACCAUGACGUUACGGCGUAUAAUCUCGACACGACGCCACGAGUGGUUAACGCUGCACCGUCACGGCUCGACUCCCGCUGGGGGUGUUGA